ACCCCUCGGCCCAAGCCCCGGGAAGGGCCUCCCCGCCCUACCGGGGCCCCAGACACCCGCGGAGACUCUCCGGCUUCAGGGCGCUCCGUUGAGUGAAGGCCGCUCUAGGACAACCAAGAUCAAGAAGCGCCUGCACCCCCUGCCUUUCAUCCAGACUAAUUUGAUUGCGGUGACUCUUGUUCAAGGGACAGUCGCUUUGGAUAGCUUAUUACAGCUCCCCGCACGACAUUCCUGGUGCGCAUGUCACAAAUCAAUAGGAUCAAGAACCAAGUCGGUUUUGCUCUCAGGGCCUCUUGGGGCCACCAGCCAAGGCUCCUCUGUGCCCCAGUGAGCAGGCAGAAUGAUGAAUGAGGUGAAAGAGUCCCUGCGGAACGUGGAGCAGAAGUACAAGAUCUUCCAGCAGCAGCAAUUCACCUUCAUCGCAGCCCUGGAGCACUGCAGGGAGAACGCCCACGACAAGAUCCGGCCCAUCUCCAGCAUCGGGCAGGUGCAGAGCUACAUGGAGCACCACUGCAGCAACUCCACAGACCGGCGCAUCCUGCUCAUGUUCCUGGACAUCUGCUCGGAGCUCAGCAAGCUCUGCCAGCACUUCGAGGCCCUGCACGCUGGCACCCCCGUCACCAACAACCUCCUUGAGAAAUGCAAGACCCUCGUGAGCCAAAGCAAUGACCUGAGUAGCCUGCGAGCCAAAUACCCCCACGACGUGGUGAACCACCUCAGCUGUGACGAGGCCCGGAACCACUACGGAGGUGUGGUCAGCCUCAUCCCCAUCAUCCUAGACCUGAUGAAAGAGUGGGUCGCCCACUCAGAGAAGCUGCCCCGCAAAGCGCUGCACCAAGUGAGUGAGCCCCAGGCAGCCACGCUGGCCACCGCGCACACUCCCCAGGCCUCGGGCACCCAGCCCCAGCUACGGAAACAAAAUUGUGGGCAACUGACAAAGAACAUCCCCAAACCUGGGGGGAAAGACCAAGGAAGUUCAAAACCGCCCUGGAGACCAGCCGGUGGGAAACUGUAACUCAGGGUUGGGGGGACCCACCCGACCCCAGCCCUGACCCACCCCAUCGCGUUCCCUCCCGUCCCAUCCCGCGGGGCAUCCUGUAACUAAGCCUGGUUUCCACCAGUUGAUCCAUCUGUACUGGUGCUCACCAUCCUUGUCGCUUACUGAUCCCCAGGGGGCUACCCCACAAUGGACUCCAAACUCUUUCCCUCUAGCACUUUAACCUCUCACUUUCCUUUGCCUCCGAGUGUCAGGCCCUGUGCCCAGGAGAAGCACCCCCACUUACAUUGCUGCUGGUGGGUUCAGGGGAGGGGGGUGGGCCCCCGAGAGGGCUGGGGGGUUGCCCAGGCCCAGCCACACAGCCGGAAGAGACCGAGUGGCUCCCUUCCAGCCGCGGGACAGAGCUGCUCCAGCCUGAGGCUGCUCGGUGGGGUCAGGUCUCUGGACCAAAGGGGAACAAGCCGCCCAGCCUCUCCUUUCCUUGAGAGAGAGACAGAGAGAAGUCAGAAGAACUGACAGUGUGGCUCCUGCAGGAGGACGGUCACCUGGUCCCCGUGACCUGCCUGCGGCCCAGGCGCUGGGCCUGUGGAGUUGGUGCCGAGCCUGCCAGAGGUGCUGUCUCACUAUUGGUUUUUCCCUUCGCAGGGGGCGACUUAGCUUCUGUAUUCUUGCUUCCUCGGGGGCGACAGUCAAGAAUAAAAACGUGUUCUGGCA